AUGGAACAGACAAGACAGAGCAGGAAUGGAGAGGUUUCACCAUCAGACCUGAAGGAUCUUCCUGCUGAAAGUUCUCACAGCAGUGCAGAUAACUCAUCAACUGAGGAGAGCUCGGAGGAAGAGGAAGCCCCUGAGGAGGAAGAGGAAAGAGAUUCAGACUCCGGCACGAAACCCAGAGCAGAGAAUCUCACUGCCUCAGACGAGCCGCUUGAGUCCUGCUGUGAGAAGUGCAGAGCUCUGAAGAAUCCCAAAUUCGAGCUCGUCACCCCUAGGAAAAUGUCUAGAGAUCGGCUGCAGCUGCAGCUGGAUGCGGAGGGUGUGUAUGAGUGUUCAGACACGGGGCUGGUGUUCGAGGUCUCUCAGAGCGUCAAGAUCACCUACUGUGUUCUCUCCUGGAGCACGUUUAGCACCUACUUGACUGGAUCCUGGAAAUUUGCUGGUCCCAUUUUUGACGUGGACUGCGAUCCGUCUAUUCUCAAAUCCGUCCAGUUCCCGCACUCACUGUGUCUAGCAGCAGAUAAAGACAACGAGGUGAAGUUCAGCGUGCUGCAUGUGAAGAACAGGCGUGCUCUGAUCGAGCCCUCGGCCGAUCACUCCGGCAGUCACGUCAGGUGGAACGUGUCGUCUCUUUCGCCCGUGGGUCCGAUUGUUCAGACGUCUAAAUCAGCAGAGCAUCAUGGGGUUGUGCAGGUGUUCAAGGAGGUGGGCCAUGAGAACUCCUUCUCCUUCAGAGUUUACUUGGCUGGAAACAACUGCUCUGACAUCAAGGACAUCAGGAGGGCCGUUCGACGGGCGAACAACUGCAAGAACAACAAGAGGUACAUACAAGUAGACAAGCCGCCCACAUGCAUGCUGGAGGAGAACAGGAGGUACCGUCUCAUCAGCGAGCCCAUGGGUCACAUCACACCGGAGGACAUGCUCUUCUCUCCUGUCAUCGUGGAGGUGAAGGGAUACUUCGAGGUCUUCUUUGAGGAGAAUCCUCCCUUCAAACUGUCCUUGACAGAUGCUGACUCGGGUCAUACCGUAUGGACAGCUACCAUCAGAGAGGGAGACUGUGUACAUCAUCUAGAUGAAAACCCCAGAAAACCAUCAAAAGGCAGAAAGAGACCGAGCAGCACAUCAGAGGAAGAGCUCUGUCACAAACACAGUAAGAAAGCGCGCGGCAUUGACGUGGCCGACUGUAACGUGACGGCCGCGGCUCCGGACCUGACGGACCAGCAGCUGAUGCAGGUGGCCAAACGCAUGGGGAGGGAGUGGAAGGUCGUGGCCAUCAGCUGUCUGGGCCUCAGCAAGCAGGACCUGGAGGAGAUGGAGGCCGCCGAGGAGAGCGUGACCAUGCUGAAGUUCAACAUGCUGGAGCGCUGGAGACGACGACAGCCCAAGGGAAAAGCGGGAAUUCAGGAUCUCCACAAGUGUUUGAAGGACAACGAUGAUGUGCCGAAUGAGGUCAUUGCUGUUCUGGACGAGAUGCUACAAAAUAAUUCCGCUACAUGAGCUUCAGCUGACCGAUCGUCAGAAAUCAUUUGAACCACUGAUAGAGAGCGAUGAAGACGUGCUGAAAGAGAAGUCCUGAGGUUUGUGCUCGUACUGGAACCUGGAGCUUUCAGGAAGAACUUCAGGAGAACUGUAGAUACUCUUAGUGCAUCUGGUACAUUUUGUAUGUAGCUCUUUGUACAUUUUUAGAGAUUGUACAUAUUUGAAUGUCUUUGUAAGGAUUGUAAGUAGAGCUCAGUUUGUUUUGUUGAAUUAUGAGCCGUGAUCAUCUGCAUUGGUUUUUCAGGAACAGGGUUGAUAUUUUGAUCUCAGGUGCUGUCAUUCUCUCACGGUUAUGGACUGAUGUUUUAGUAGCGUAUGAUAUCAUGAUAUUCACGCUCCGUCCGCACGAGUGACCAUCACUGUUCACAGGGACACAGAGCUCUUGUCUUGUGACACUGGUUCAGAAUAUUUCAGCAAACGGCUGCAUUAGUUUCUCGGUCUUAUGAAAUGUUUGUUGGGUAAAUCCGCACCUCUCACGCCCCUCUCAGGGGAAUCGCUAUUCUGGAGGAAUUUGACCUGUCUUUAAAUGAAUAAACCAUGAAAAUGGUCUUUAGGAGCUUUAUUUCAGACGGUUUCUCUCCAUAUGAUGCUUGCCAAACGCCUCGUGUUCAUCUGCUGACCUCGGGACAUGUGAUGUGGAGACCGCUGGUGUUCUUCUGCUCAUCCUUCAGUCAGAAUGAACUCUGACACUGCUUUAUGAAGCUCUGAUUCUUCAUGCGCUCACAUGCUUCAUCACAGCUGACUCUUAACAUUGACGGAUAAUCUCUCCUGCUUCCCAGUCAUCACAUCACAUGAUGUGUGAACGUGGACGCUCAUGAUAAUGUUCUGACGUCAUAAACCAGAGCAUUUCAGCACAAGUUACUUUUGCAGUUUAGCUUCAAUAAACCUGUGAUGACACUCUACUUUAAGAGUCCAUAUUCAUGCGGUAGUUAAGCGUGAACA